CUCUCUCGUACCAAAUCUAAAAACUUUAGAAAAAUCAAAAGCUAUUUGAUGUCGUUUUUUCGUUUUGGCCAAAAAUUCUCUAACAAUUUCCGUGAAGCCUAAAAGCGAAAGUAAAAAGCCCUAUCUUUGGACAAAGAAGAGAGUUUAAUGUGAGAGUGGAAAUGGAAAGAUGGCAAUCCGACGAUUUCUCUCCAGCUUCAGCCUCGUCUCCUUCUCACCCCAACUCCACUCGCUCCAACUCUGAUUCCAGACAAAGGACGGAUGUGGAGGGGGAUCCCAUUGCUGCAAGAAAAGUUCAGAAGGCGGACCGCGAAAAGUUGAGGAGAGAUCGACUGAACGAGCACUUUCUUGAGUUGGGAAACGCAUUAGAUCCUGAUAGACCGAAGAAUGACAAGGCAACCAUACUCACAGACUCGAUUCAAAUGCUGAAGGAGUUAACUGCUCAAGUCGACAAACUCAAGGCAGAGUACACCGCGCUUUCUGAAGAAUCACGCGAGCUGACGCAGGAGAAAAAUGAGCUAAGAGAAGAGAAGGCAUCUUUAAAAUCCGAUAUAGAAAACCUCAACGCUCAGUAUCAACAAAGAGUGAGGGUUAUGUUCCCGUGGACUGCCAUUGAUCCUUCUUCUGUUGUUAUGGGCCCGCCUUAUACGUAUCCGAUGCCUGUACCCAUUCCUCCAGGUCCAAUUCCAUUCCACCCGUCAUCACAGCCGUUUUCGUUCUUUGGAGGUCAAAAUCCUGGUCCUAUUCCCAAUCCUUGUCCUGCAUUUGUCCCAUACCCGACUCCUGCCAACCCUGCCAACCCUGCUGUGGAACAACCAGCAUCUCAGUAUGCGUCUACUUCCCACAUUUCGGGCAAACAAGAUUUGAAAAGCAAAGAUCAGCAAAGGGGCAGCAGUGUGGAAAGAUGUGACGGUUCCAAUGACGUAGCAACAGAUCUUGAACUCAAGAUGCCAGGAUCGUCCGCGCAACAGGACUCGUCUUCUUCCGGAGGUAGGAAGGGCAAGCAAUCACAGAGGGAGGAAAGGACAACUACAGACGGAAGCUUGUCGAGUAGGUAUUCAUCUCAAGUUCAUCAGGAUAGCUCCUCCAACAGUGUGAGUGACGUCCCAAAGUCUUGACAACCGAAGAUAUUCUAAUUUUCUUUGCUACUGAUUGAAUCAAAGCAUGAGCUGCAACACCCAAUAUGAUGUUGAAAUUAUCUGAAUCUGUUCUAACCCAAUUUCCAGUAGGUUGGAUUCUCUCAUUCAACUGACAUAUCUAGAUUUCUCUGAUAUUCGUCCAGGAUAGCAUGAAAAAACAUGCUUUAACUUGUCAAGUUCAUGUAUGCUCAAGAACCACCUACUGGUUGGUUAUUUUUGUAAAUUAUCUGUAUAAUGUAGUUACUGGUCUAGCUGUAUAUUCCACUUCCAGCUAUGAUUUAUAAAAAAGAACCAUCAAUUUGGCAAUUUGCGUUUGCAUUCUUUAUAUCACCUUUAUGUGUGAA